GAGCUCCAGGCAACUUUUCCAGGCUCCGUUUCCACUUCUACUGCCUGGGGUUCUUCUCUCCACUCACUUCAGUUCACACACCAUUCUGCUCCCCACAGGGGGUGGAGAAAUGGAAAGUUCACCUAACAAAGCCAAAGCAGGAGAGGAGUCAGUCAGGCAGAGGGGAAUGUAGGGGGAAUCCCCCAAGAAUACUGAAGAAGCUUUGUUUGUGGCCUCCUUCUUCCUCCAAAAUGCCUUUGCUUUCGGAUACAUUAAAGCUGAGAAGAUGAAGUUCAUCAGUGCAACUGGACUGCUGUUUCUCCUGCAAACUGUGAUUGCAACAAGUAACACAGCUGCACCAAGACUAGAAGAUGCGGUUACUACUCUCCCGACAUCUUUCCCAACAUCUUCCACAUUUCUAAAGCCAAACAGCUAUGCAGAGAAUUCUACUCUCCCACCAUCUCUCCCAACAUCUCUCCCAACAUCUCUCCCAACAUCUUCCAAAUUUCUAAAGACAAAAAGCUACUCAGAGCCUUUUGCCAAUGUGACUGGCUCUUUGGAUGCCCAUGGAGUGUGUCAGUGCUCUGUGUACCUGCCAGACACCACGUUUCCUGUGAAGAAGGUGGAGAAGCUUGAAAUCCUAGCCCAACAGCUCUCUGUGAAAUUUGACAUUGAGCUUUCCAAAGUCAGCCAGUACACCAAAGAAAUUGAAAUCUAUGAAAAAAGGAUUCAAAACUUAACCAUCAAGAUUGACUAUAUGGAGCAGACCAGCGUUUCUUACACUAAACUGGACUUCCAGUUGAUAAAAUUGGAAAUCAGAGAAAUGGAGACCCUGAUCAGUCAACUGAAAGGUUCACUCACUGGAAGCAACGUGAUUGUGGAGCAGUUGUAUGUAGAGAUUAAGAAUCUGAGUAUCAUGGUGAAUCACCUAGAAUCUUUGGACCAGCAUAACAUCCUUGCAAUUCGCCGAGAAAUGGUGGCUCUACAGAAUAAAUUGAAGGAGUGUGAAGCAAGUAGAAACCAGAGCACUAUCAACAACUAUGUCCCACCACCUGGAAGCUGCAGUCAUGGUGGAAUUGUGAACAUCAGCCAACCCUAUGUAAUCCAGCUGAACUGGAGAGGAUUUGAUUACAAAUAUGGUUCCUGGGGAAAAUAUUCCUCUCCCCAAGCCCCAGGACAGGAGCUCUUCUGGGUUGCACCACUAAAUACUGAUGGGAGAUAUUUGCAGUAUUGGAGACUUUACAGUUCCUAUGAUAAUUUAUUGCUCUACAAAAACUCAAGACAAGAUACAUAUCAGUAUGGCCAAGGCAGUGGUACUGAAGUUUACAAGAACUACAUGUACUUUAAUGUGUAUGCUUCAAAUGUUAUAGCCAAGGUGGAUUUAAGUACAAACACAGUAGUGCUGAGAAAAGCACUUGCCAAUGCUGUUUAUAACAAUCGGUUCUCCUAUGCAGGUGUAUUAUGGCAAGAUAUGGAUUUUGCAGUGGAUGAGAGUGGGUUGUGGGUAAUUUAUUCAACAGAAGCCAGCACAGGAAACAUCGUGAUUAGCAGACUCAAUGAAACAACUCUUGAUGUGCUGGAUACGUGGGUAACAAAGCAAUAUAAGCCAUCAGUGUCUAGUGCUUUCAUCGUAUGUGGAGUGCUUUAUGCCACGAGGCCUGUCAAUACUAGGAAAGAAGAAAUCUUUUACACUUACGACACAAACACUGGAAGGGAAGGCAGAAUAAGCAUUUAUGUAGAUAAAGUACUUGAAACAAUUCAGAGCAUCAACUACUGCCCUCUAGAUCAGAAACUGUAUAUAUACAAUGAUGGCUACCUUGUUCGGCAUAACCUGAUCUUCCACCCUCUUUCAUCAGAAUAGUUUUCUAUGCAUGUUUAAAAGUGCCAGAUUGGGGUGGAAAGCAGAGAUUUAAUCUCUUUAUAAAUCAUAGUGUGCUGUCUGACAUUUUGAAGAAUAAGGUGGGGCAGUGUUAAUGAAAUGAUUCAUGUUCCAUCAUGUUUUAAUAACUUGGAGCCAAAGUUGAGUACUUUUAAGUUCCAGCGACUUCAGUAGCAGUUGAUUAAGUUUGUGCUUAGGUCCAUCAAUGGGUGCUUAACUUUGUGCCCAUAUAAUGUGCUUUAUUGAGGCAGACCAGCUGUCUACCUCAAGCUUCUCUAGAUAGAUCGAUUGAUCGAUAGACAGACAGAUAGAUAGUACUGAACCAUUUCCCCAAGUACUACCUUUGCAGGUCCAAUUUUUGUGAGUACCACCACCACUACCACCACCACCACCAGAGAUGCUGCUGUGCACAGAAGUGGACAGUUUGCCUUACAGUUGUUCCUGUAGCUAUGGAGAGGGUACUUCAGUUGCUGCUACUUCCUGACCUCCCGUCCACAUUGCUCCCUCCUUCCCCAACCGGUACCUCUUCUGAAGGCUACACAGUUACUACCACCUCACCUUGAUGCUGGUGCACUGCUGCUGCCCUAGCCAUCUCCACUUGGGCCGAGUACAGCAGUAAUCUGUCGGGCCAAAUGCCUCCUGUCAUACUGUGACAUCACUUUUGUUGCAAGAUGAAAAGCAUAGGUCUAUCUAGAUCAAAAUUCUUUCUCUACCAGAUGUGUUCAUUCGUUAGUAGAAGAAAAUAUUCAUACCUGGAUGAUACUCCAUUUGCCUGGCCUACCACAUGCAACAAGGAAGUGCACAUGCCAUGAGCGCAGGUGUCCUUCCCCCUCCCAGUACACAGCUCAUGGCAUGUGCACAUCCCUAUUGUGUAUGGCAGGCUGGGUAGAUAAAGCCAGACAUAAGAGGUCCCUUCACCUCUGGUUUCCUUGGACGCAUGUCCGAAUUAGGGAAACCAGAGUUGAAGUCAAGAAGGGACCCUCCCUGAACUCUACUCUGAACCUUCAGUUCAGAGUGGAGUUUGGACACCUCCUACUCUGGUUCUGGGGCACCAAUACCAUCCGAACACUGGCACCCCCUCACUCCAGCCCGAUUGGCUGUGUGGGCUGUCCUUCUGUCAAGAAAGAUGCCAGCACAGCCAGCUCCCCUGCAGUCGUUGACUGCAGAGAGGCAGCUCUGCUGCACGCCCAAAAGCAGAUGGGAGAGCAGGGGAGGGGAGGCCUGGAAUUGCAGGUCCAUUGGGUCCCGUAUCAUUCUACUCGGCCCUUGGUCUUCUUGGAUUGUGGCGGGGGGGGGGCACACCCUAUUCAUUUCUUUCUGAAGGGUCUGCUACUCUUCUACUAAAAGCACCUUUUGUACACUACGUGCUUCAGACAUUUGCUGUGCAAGCUUACCAAUUCUUCCCUUGAGGCAGCACCUCUCUUGUUGUAAGGAUAUUGUGGUUUCCCCACAUUCAAACUGCAAUAGUUCAUUUCUGGAGAAAUGUGUUUCAACCUGCCCACCCUUAGUGUAUCCUUUGCUGUUUAAAUUGCUGUAUAUGUUAAUCAGCAUAUGCAUGUCAUAGGCAGUAGGCACCAAUUGGAUAGUAUCUGUGUCAUCAGUAGCAAUAGCAAAUUCUCCUUGCCCUCUGCUCCCCACCUGUACCUUUUAAUUGUAUGCUUCACUUUAUUAACAUGAUACUGGAAGAAAAAAAUUGAAACCAGCAAGUUUAGUCCCUCUACAGCAAUGCCUCACAUUCUGUGUAAAACAUAUUCUGCUUUAGACUUUCUUUUUUAAGGGAGCUGUGCAGUAGUCUCCCUCUCCCAGUGCUAGGAAUAAGCCUGGACAUUCAUUUGCCUGGGGCUGCUUUAGAUAGUUAGAGUGAAACUGGCAAAGCUCAUUCAUAGCAUUGUGAAAGGCUGUUUCCCUUCUUCAGUUUGAACCACAUUGCUCUUCCUUUUAUUUCGACAGUGUGUGCACAGGUAACAAGGCAUGUCUGCUCUGCAGCAAGACAUCACCUGCCACAAGGAUAUCCCCAUGUGGAUAUCCUUUAGAAAGUGGUCAUGGCAUUAAUGCCAUUGUGUUGGGACUUGUGGAAGGAUCACUGUGAAAAAAAUUCGUCUGGGUGUACUUUGGGGAGAUCAUGAGGAUGCAUUCUUGGGCACACUACCUGAAAGUUUUAUUGUGCAAGUCCUGAAAUGAAUGGGAGCUUCACAAUCCAUUUAAUCUGACAUAAAUCACAAUGAUGUCAAUGAGAUCCAGGCCAAGAUCCAGCAACAGUAUGAAGCAUGCUUAUGCCUAUUGAUUUCAGCUGAGGAUUGGGAUAGAUGGGUGCAUCUGAACACAUUGAUCAGGUACAAGAUUUGCAUCAUGACCUGCAUGUUAUUCUAUUUUGGUUAACAAGAUGAUGUAAGCAAACCUACAGUCAGGAUUGUUUGUGCCUUCCUGGUAUCAUGACUUGCUUUGAGUUUUGUAUAAGUUGGCACUAGAACUAUUAGUCCCUUCUCCAUUAGGGUUGCCAAUCGUGACUGGAACUAUUCCUGGAGAUUUCCCCCUUCCAAUAUUCCCCCCCGGUAUUUUUCACAAUAUUAAGCCAUUAACAUCUCCAGGGUUGCCUUCAGUGAUCACCUAGAGAUUGAUGUUGAUUCCCCGGUGGCUCCAGGGCCAAUCUUGGAGGAGGGAGGAGGAGGCAACUGUCUUCUUCGUUGUAAGCAUAUGGCAUUUUGCACAAAGCCUGGUUAUCUGGCACAGAGUUUGGACUCUGUAGAAUCUCAGGUUGUUAUUUUUCUGAACAACCUUUAGCGAUAGAGUUAUAAACAUCCACACAGCCAGUGUCUGCAAAGAUCUCUAGUAUUCUGUGGGUGGAGUCUAGCCUUGUAGGGCUACAUGUCCUUCCUGGAUAGCCUCCAGUCAUUUUUUUUUUUU